AUUGUUGGGCUAUGGCCACCCCAACCCCAACUGACUCGUUUGCAGCGCUAGCUCUACACGCACUAGGCUGCGGCCAACCCAAACCCCAACCCCAACGCCAAGCCAGUAGAUCCAGACUCCUGUCUUGCAGUCGCAGCUCGGUAAGGAGGAGGCCAGCGCCAUGUCGGCGCUGUUCAACUUCAACUCCUUCCUCAUAGUGGUGCUGCUGGUGAUCUGCACCUGCACCUACAUCAAGAUGCAGUUCCCUGCCAUCCUCAACGAUCGCACCGGGUUCCGUGGUUUCUUUUGGAAAGCAGCCAGAAUAGGUGAGCGGUUGAGCCCUUGGGUAGCAUUUGGGUGCUUCGCAAUGGGGGUAUCCACCAUCUUCUUCUGAAGGCCUGGGCAAUCAUGGCCAUGAUUUGAAUCUAGGUUGCCAGAGUUAAAUAUAGGAAGGAUCAUGUCACACUGUAUUUCUGUUCAUGCCUCCAGAGAAGCCUUCUGCUUCAGUUACUGUCGUGGCGAAAGCGGCAUCUUAAUACCGAGCAUGCAGGUUAGAUGAAUGCACUCGGGUCGGUGCACUUGCCGAUAAGACAGAGAUGAUACUGUGUUUGCAAAUGCUAGGUGCAAGAAGUUAACAACGAAACGAUGGAGGAUUAUGUAUGUUGUGUAGAAUGUUGUUUGGAUCCUGCAAAACCAAAUGUGGAUUUCUCGUUA